UGCCAGGCAACUUUUCCCUGCCCUCACCCCGGCGGGCGAGAGAGGCUCUCGGGACAGCUUCUGGAGUCCCUCCGCAAUCCGAGAGCAGCUACCGUGUCCCCGCAGGCUCAGGAUGCGGCCAGGACGGACAGGGGGCGCGCCGUUGCGGCUGGUGUUAGUGCUUAGUCAAGGCAUUUUAAAUUGUUGUAUGGCAUACAAUGUUGGUCUCCUAGAAGCAAAGAUAUUUUCCGGUCCUUCAAGUGAACAGUUUGGCUAUGCAGUGCAGCAGUUUAUAAAUCCAAAAGGCAACUGGUUACUAGUCGGUUCACCUUGGAGUGGCUUUCCUGAGAACCGAAUGGGAGAUGUGUAUAAAUGUCCUGUUGAUCUGUCCAGUGCUACAUGUGAAAAACUGAAUUUGGAAACUGCCACAAGCAUUCCCAAUGUUACUGAAAUGAAAACCAACAUGAGCCUUGGCUUGACUCUCACAAGGAACAUGGGCACUGGAGGAUUUCUCACGUGUGGUCCCCUGUGGGCACAGCAGUGUGGAAGUCAAUAUUACACAACUGGGGUUUGUUCUGACGUCAGUCCCGAUUUUCAGCUCUUGACCAGCUUUGCACCUGCAGUUCAGACCUGCCCUUCCCUCAUAGAUGUUGUGGUUGUGUGUGAUGAAUCGAACAGUAUUUAUCCCUGGGAUGCCGUAAAGAAUUUUUUGGAAAAAUUUGUCCAAGGCCUGGAUAUAGGCCCCAAGAAAACACAGGUGGGGUUAAUUCAGUAUGCCAACAAUCCAAGAGUUGUAUUUAACCUGAACACUUUCAAAACCAAAGCUGAAAUGAUUGAAGCAACAUCCCAGACAUACCAGUAUGGUGGAGACCUCACAAAUACAUUCAAAGCAAUUCAAUAUGCAAAAGAUUCUGCUUAUGCAGCAGCGGCUGGAGGACGACCGGGUGCCACCAAAGUAAUGGUGGUUGUAACUGAUGGUGAAUCGCAUGAUGGUUCAAUGUUGAAAGCUGUGAUUGAUCAAUGCAACAAUGACAAUAUACUGAGGUUUGGCAUAGCAGUUCUUGGGUACUUAAACAGAAAUGCCCUUGAUACUAAAAAUUUAAUAAAGGAAAUUAAAGCAAUUGCCAGUAUUCCAACAGAAAGAUAUUUUUUCAACGUGUCUGAUGAAGCAGCUCUACUAGAAAAGGCUGGGACACUAGGAGAACAAAUUUUUAGCAUUGAAGGUACUGUUCAAGGAGGAGACAACUUCCAGAUGGAAAUGUCACAAGUGGGAAUCAGCGCAGAUUACUCUCCUCAGAACGAUAUUCUGAUGCUGGGUGCAGUAGGAGCUUAUGCCUGGAGUGGGACUGUUGUCCAGCAGACAUCUCAUGGACAUUUGAUCUUUCCUAACCAGGCCUUUGACCAAAUUCUGCAAGAUAAAAACCACAGCUCAUAUUUAGGUUACUCUGUGGCUGCAAUUUCUACUGAAAAAGACCUCCAUUUUGUUGCUGGUGCUCCUCGGGCAAAUUAUACUGGCCAGAUCGUGCUCUACAGUGUUAAUGAGAAUGGCAAUGUCACAGUUAUUCAGGCUCACCGAGGUGACCAGAUUGGCUCCUAUUUUGGGAGUGUGCUGUGUUCCGUCGAUGUGAAUAAAGACACCAUUACAGAUGUGCUCUUGGUGGGUGCACCAAUGUUCAUGAACGACUUAAAGAAAGAGGAAGGAAGAGUCUACCUGUUUACCAUCUCAAGGGGCGUUUUGAAUUGGCACCAAUUUCUUGAAGGCCCUGAGGGUGUUGAAAAUGCUCGGUUUGGUUCAGCGAUUGCAGCUCUUUCAGAUAUCAACAUGGAUGGCUUUAACGAUGUAAUAGUUGGUUCACCUUUGGAAAAUCAGAACUCUGGAGCUGUGUAUAUCUACAACGGUCACGAGAGCACCAUUCGCAUGAGAUAUUCUCAGAAAAUCUUGGGAUCCGAUGGAGCCUUUAGGAGCCAGCUCCAGUACUUUGGGAGAUCUUUGGAUGGUUAUGGUGACUUAAAUGGGGAUUCUAUCACCGACGUGUCUGUUGGUGCCUUUGGGCAAGUCGUUCAGCUGUGGUCACAAAGUAUUGCUGAUGUAUCUGUGGAAGCUUUGUUCACACCAGAAAAAAUUAUUUUGUUCAACAAGAAUGCUGACAUAAAACUCAAACUCUGUUUCAGUGCCAAGUUUAGACCUACUAAGCAAAACGAUCAAGUGGCCAUUAUCUACAACAUCACAAUUGAUGCAGACCUAUAUUCAUCCAGAGUAACCUCCAGGGGUUUAUUUAAAGAAAAUAAUGAAAGGUGCCUGCAGAAGAAUAUGCUCGUAAGCCAAGCACAGAGUUGCGCUGAGCACACCAUCCACAUACAGAAGCCCUCUGACGUUGUCAACUCUUUGGAUCUGUGUGUGAACAUCAGUCUGGAAAACCCUGGCACCAGCCCCGCCCUUGAAGUCUACUCUGAGAAGGCCAAGGUCUUCAGUAUCCCUUUCUACAAAGACUGUGGGGAUGAUGGAGUUUGUAUCUCGGAUCUAGUUCUAGAUGUCCAACAACUAUCAGCCACUCAAGAUCAACUCUUUAUUGUCAGCAACCAAAACAGAAGGUUAACAUUUUCAAUAACACUGAAAAACAAAAGGGAAAGUGCAUACAACACUAGAAUUGUUGUUGAUUUUUCAGAAAACUUGUUUUUUGCUUCCUGGUCCAUGCCGGUUGAUGGGACAGAAGUAACAUGCCAGAUUGCUUCAUCUCAGAAGACUGUUACCUGUGAUGUUGGCUACCCUGCUUUGAAGAGGGAGCAACAGGUGACUUUCACUAUUAACUUUGACUUCAAUCUUCAAAACCUUCAGAAUCAGGCAUCUGUCCAUUUCCAAGCCUUAAGCGAAAGCCAUGAAGAAAACAAGGCAGAUAAUUUGGUCAACUUCAAAAUUCCUCUGCGGUAUGAUGCCGAUAUUCACAUAACAAGAUCCACCAACAUAAAUUUUUAUGAAGUCUCCUCAGAUGGGAAUGUUCCUUCUGUCGUGCACAGUUUUGAAGAUAUUGGUCCAAAAUUCAUCUUCUCCAUUAAGGUAACAACAGGGAGUGUUCCAGUAAGCAUGGCAUCUGUAAUCAUCCACAUCCCUCAAUACACCAAAGAAAAGAAUCCACUGAUGUACCUGACUGAGGUGCACACAGAUCAGGCUGGUGACAUCAGCUGUAAUGCCGAAAUAAAUCCACUGAAAAUAGGACACAUGUCUCCUUCUGUGUCUUUCAAGAAUGAAAAUUUCCGGCACAUAAAAGAAUUGAACUGCAGAGCUGCUUCAUGUGGUAAUGUUACCUGCUGGAUGAAAGACCUUCAGGUCAAAGGAGAGUACUUCCUUAAUGUAUCAACCAGAAUUUGGAACGGGACUUUUGCAGCAUCAACUUUCCAGACCGUACAGCUGAGCGCAUCUGCAGAAAUUGACACCUAUAACCCUCAGAUAUAUGUGAUUGAAGAAAACACAGUCACGAUUCCCAUCACAAUAAUGAAACCUCAUGAGAAAGCUGAAGUUCCAACUGGAGUUAUAGUAGGAAGUGUAAUUGCUGGAAUCCUUUUGCUAUUAGCUCUGGUUGCAGUUUUAUGGAAGCUCGGCUUCUUCAAAAGAAAAUAUGAAAAAAUGUCCAAAAAUGCAGAUGAGAUUGACGAGACCACAGAACUCAGCAGCUGAGCCCCCAACAGUCUCCUGGCAGCAUGCAGCCUGGGUUUGCAAUUUGCAUGAAUGGAUUUUUUUUUUUUUUUAAAUCCCAGUGUUUUACGUGUAAUAGGUAAACUAGCCUGAUAUUUUACAAAAACUGCAGGUCAGUUUGGAAAGAAGAAAUGGGGGGGGUGGCUAGGACUAUAAAGGGUAAAAGACUUAUUUUAUAUGGGGGGAAAAGUAUCUUUCCAUUGGCUGGUCCAGAGUUUACAUUAUAAUGUGCAUUGUUUCAGAAAACUGAAAUGCUUACAAACAUGAGAAGUCUUAAAGAAAAAUAUAACCUUUCUCCAAUUGGGGGGGGAACCCCAAUCAUUGAAAAUGAUUGUUUUUAAACAGUAACAACAAAAGUGGAAGGACUUGGCAUAGAUACAGAAUUAGCUUGGCUAUUGAUGUUGAUGGGGAGAAAACAACAGGUUUUCAACUUAUGCUGCUCAUCCAAAGCUGCCACAGAAGUUCAAGUGAUAAUUUUCUUAAUAAAGUAGGGUAAAAUUUGCUGUUGUCAGCCUGCAGCUGCCUUCUCAGUCCCUUGUUUGCUAGGAUGUACUUAUCAAAACAUGCCUGGAUACCUGGUAGGAGCCCAGAGUAUGCUUUCUGGAGAAAAAACUUCCAUUUAAGGGUGGAUAGGGGGUAGCAGUUUAGAGGCCAAAGCACAAAACUUUGUUUAAAAUCCAUUAAUAUCACAAUGUUUAUGGUAAAAUCCUAUCUGCUAGAGGCCCAGCCUAUGCUAUAGGAAGUAGGAAGUUGCCUUUCUCCUUCAGGAUGCCCAACUUACUAACUUGACUGGCUGGCAGGGACCUAGUUUGAAUUUUCAGAAGAUGAGUAAUUUCUUCGGCAUCCUUUCUCCUUCCGGACUAAGCCACUCUCCCACCUCCUGGUGCCCCCAUCUUCUAGAAGCUCCCUGAGGCACGCCUUCCUAUCCAGUCAUCCAGAGUUAACCACCUUCCCUUGGCCCUUGGCCCAGUCUCCCAUUCCUUGGGGGCAGCUGCUCCACACCAGGUAUGAGGAAGAAAAAUCAUCUCACAUACUUAUGUGAAUAAUCUCCUUAACUCCAGGGAGCUAUUUAUUGGUAAACAAGUAAGAAAAAUAAGCCAGAGUGAAUUUCUAAUUGUUGGAAUUUCAGGCAGUGUAAAGAAGCAAAAAAAGAAAAAAGAAAAAAACAACACGGGAAUUUGCAAGAAACUACAAGGAGAUAUUGGAAAGCACCAAAUUGGCAGUUAUACCCUCUGUGUUUUUGUGUUGCUGGAGGACUUAAACUUCCAGAAGAAUGACUGCCACCUGGGCAAGUCUGAUCCCUAGGUAGCCUUUUGGUCCCAACUCCUGAGACAUUUAUUUGGUCAGACAGGGAUGAAACCCAUUAGUCUGUUUUUUAACAAGCAUCCCAGUCACUGAUGUACAUGAACUGUCCUGGGGAUAUACCACCCAUUUCUCCUUCCGCACUUUGUUUCUGAGCCCACACAUUCUCCAGGAGGGACUGGGAGAAAGGCAGAGGGACUAUUUCAUGUCAGAAACUGCAUACCUAAAGCUUUGGACAAGUCACUUUGCUUCUUUACACUGCAGUGUCCACAUAAGAAAAUGGGAAGACUGGGUUGGAGUUCAGCAGCAGUGCUUUUAGCUUUAAAAGUCUAUGAUCUGGAUUUCUUGUAAUUACAAUCCUCCAAAAACCUGACUUUGAAAACGGGCAUAUGCCCGUGCGCACCUGGUCCCGACUGCCCUCCUGGUCCAACUCCUGUGAGCUCUCUCAAGCUAUCUACACUCAUUUAUUUUGUAUUUGACAAAGCAAAACUGGGGCGGGGGGGGAUUAGCCAUAAAAUGUCAGGGGUUUAUAGCAAAACCAUGGUAUUCUCUAGAUGUGCUAGAGCCCAACUCUUAGAACAGCGGUGUGGACUCUGAGUCCAAAACUUCUUUGAGAGUAGAGGAAAAACAUCACUAAGUUGAUAAAGAGUAUUUAAUAAACCAUCUAACUACUGUACACAUAUACAUACUAGUUCUUCAGGGUGCUACACAAGGAAUUCUAGCAGGUCAUUCCUUUCUUUUUACUCUGCCCCACCUUUCUUACAGAAGCACUAAAACCCACGGUGAGCUUGAGAGCUUUGGCCAAGCCGUGGCUUAGGUAAUCUACCUUGCCAGCAUUGUCUCCAUGAAGUAGCUGGGUUACUACAAACUAAAAACUUAGCCACUUGUCUCUGUACCAUUUACUACCCUAGGCACUACUGACGUGAGGGGCCAGGUAAUGCAUUCUUGCAGGGGACUGUCCUGUGCCUUGUAGGAUGUUUAGCAUCCCUGGCAUGGAGCAUCCUCUGCCCCAAGAUGUGACAAUCAAAAAAAUAUCUCCCGACAUUGUAUCACGCCUCCUGGGAGGCAAAAUCACCCCAGUGGAGAACCCUACUACACUAAGAGCAAGUGGCCUAAAUAUAAAUACGCAACUUCUGUCAUCAGAUCAAAAUUUGAGGCAGGGGCUCUAGUGAGUAUUUCUCAAGCACUUUUAAGCAAAGGUGAGGAUUUAUCCAAGAAAUUAAAACAAAACCCACUGCUUGAAAUAAACAGUUAUGUAUUCCUAUUCAGCCACACUUUUGUUUUAAAAGUAAGUAUAAUAUGGGGCUUAAAAGAUACCAUCUUAAAGUUUCCAUUUCAUAAAUGGUAUAUAGACAAGAUCUGUAGAACGUGAUUAAAAACAGUUGCUUCGUACAUGGCUGCCACAUAAGCCAUUUAGAAAAUAGUAAAAUAGUUUGUGAGGAAGCUGCCUUAAGACUUGAAAUGGUGCAUCAUUCAUUUUGGCAGCAAAAGAACUCCCAACUAGAAAGAAAUUUUUUCUAGCUGGCAGUGUUCUUUUUAUAAAAUAGAAGUUAUCUAUUAACUGUGAAAUGAAAACUAAAACCAAUUUAUCAUAAUCACACAAGUGAUUAUACUAAAAGCUAUUAUAAAAGGUAUAAUUUUAUAAUGUAUUUAUCUAUUCUGAUAUACAACUGUAAGUUAAUAUAUUAAAAAUCUCAAGACAUUAAACAGAAAGCAGGAUCCCUCAAACUGAGCACCCUGGGCCAUCUUUGCUAUUUCAGUUUGCACACAGAAAAUACCCGCACCCACGCCUUUUCGCGAUUAUGCCCCUCCUGUACAUUAAGCAUACCCAUUAUAAACAAUUUGAAAGGCUAAACAUCUAAAGGUAAAAGAUACACGAGGGUAAAAUUUGAAAUAAAAAUGUUAACUACGUCUUUGAACCUUAAUGAAAAUGUAGCCAUAUGUAAAUACAAAAAGAUGGUUUCAUCUGUACUGGAUUUUGGCAGAUAAAGUCAAAAUAAAAAUGUAUAUAUUGCACAACUAUGUUAGAAUUGUAUAUUUUUUAAAGAGAAACGGUCUUGGAUAUUUUCCUUCAUGUAAAGUAUAAAUCUUUAAGAUGUAAUUAACUGGUUUUUGCCUUUUUUCUCUCCACAAAAAAUAUAAAAAUGUAUGCAUGUUCAUCUAAUUGUACAAUUCAUUUCUGAGAAACAAAUCGAAUUGGAAAAGUAAUCAACAUUCAUAUGAAAAAAACUCAACUAUGAAAAUCAAGCAAAAGUGUUACUUAACUGUAAACACUCUUUAUACCACAUUAUUGAAUUAUAAUUAAAAUAGCUUUGAAAAUAAAGUUAUAUUACUUUGGACUUUUAA